CCCCGCCCCGGCGGGGGCGGGGGAAGGGAGCGCAAGGGAGGCGCGCGCUCCGGGGCUCGCGCCGAGGGCUCGCGCCCCCGCCUCGUGCCUGCGCCGCCCGUAUGUAAAUGAGGGCGCGUGACGCGGGACGCAGAUGGACAAGGGAAGAGGGAGAAUGGCCGCUGCUGCCGCCGCCGCCGCUGCCGCCGCCGCUCAGUGCCGGAGCCCUCGGUGCGCGGCGGAGAGGAGAGGAUUCCGGCGGGAACUCGAUUCUUGGCGCCACCGCCUCAUGCACUGUGUAGGUUUUGAAAGUAUUUUAGAAGGGCUUUAUGGACCAAGGCUACGAAGAGACCUCAGUUUAUUUGAAGACUGUGAACCAGAAGAACUGACUGACUGGUCUAUGGAUGAGAAAUGUUCAUUUUGUAACCUACAGAAAGAAGCAGUCAGUGAUUGUACACCAACUCUUGGUUCUUCACAGUCAACGCCUACCGAGGAACUAUCAUCUCAGGGCCAGUCCAACACUGAUAAAAUUGAAUGCCAAGCAGAAAAUUAUCUAAAUGCACUCUUUCGAAAGAAAGAUCUUCCUCAGAACUGUGAUCCUAACAUUCCCCUAGUUGCUCAGGAAUUAAUGAAAAAGAUGAUACGUCAGUUUGCAAUUGAAUACAUUUCAAAAAGUGGUAAAAUUCAAGAGAAUAGAAAUGGUUCAGUUGGACCAAGUCUAAUAUGUAAAGGUAUCCAAAUGAAUCAAAUAGAAAACUCCCUUCAGGAAGAGCAGGAAGGCCCCCUAGACCUCACUGUGAAUCGAACUCAAGAACAAAAUACUCAACAAGGGGAUGGAGUAUUAGAUCUCUCUACAAAGAAAACCAGCACAAGAUCCGAAGAGUCCUCAACAUGUGAUCCAUCUUCUGAAAAUUCUAUGUCUGGUUCAACUCUUGAUGCAAAAUCAGAGGAAGCUACUAAAAUGGAAAAAGGAAAAUCAACAUUAAACAAAGUUUUGGAAUCAUUGUGCACAUAUCACCAGCAACAAAUUUUGGCUAUGUUGAAAUUUCUAAUUCAAGAGCAAAAUGCUUCUUCACUUUGCAGUUGCAAUGCAUCACAUGCUCUGUCUUCAGAAUCUCAAAAAUCCCUCACUGAAGAUGAUUUGCAUGGUCUGUUGUGUAGUUGUGGUGAAUAUAGGCUAAGAGAAAUAGGGUGUUUACAACAUGAAAGACAAAGCUCUGGCUUAGCACCCCUUUCAGUGUGUUUUAAGGAUUUUCAUUGCUUAUCUUGCCAAACUGUAGCUAUUGAGCACAUUAAGACAGUAGUUAGCAGAGAAAUUGCCAACAGUUACAAUCCCCACAGGUGCUGUUCUAGACUGUUACAAAACUGUAACAGUUAUUCUGCAAGAUCAUCCUUUUGUACUCCUCUUUCCUUACCUGAAGUUUGUGAUCUGUCAAUCAAUAUUAAAGAUACUAACAGAUCUCGGAGUCCUUCACCACCACCAUUAUCACCCAUACAGACUGAAGGAUUUGAAAAAUUUAAAGAUUCAAUCUCAGGCAUUUCCGCUUUAGAAAACAAACUUGAAGCAAUUAUCAAUCAGCCUCCAUCUCUCAUCCCAGCAGAAGACAACAAGAGCAGUUGUGAACAUGAAGGUAAAAUACGCAAAGCAAACACAGCUGAUAACUCGGAUGACUCUUUGCUCAUAGCAGAAGAAAGCAGUUGUUUUAUAAAUCAUGAGAAAAUGGAAAAAGGUGAAAGCACUACGAUUUUUCAAGAUUUAAUGGAACGAAUCAAUGAAAAGUUGAAAUCAAUUGAAACUACAGAUAUAACAAACCUUGUAAAAGUAUCUAGUAGUGAUAGUAAUACUGAAAAUGAUAAUCUAAGAUUAGGUGAUUUAAUAACAUCUCUUUUGCAUAAUGCAAAGGCUAGUGAUUACAGUUUUAUGGAGCUAUUGAGUCAACAUGAUAAAAAAGUAGAAAACAAAAUUAUACAGACAAGAUUUCGAAAGCGUCAGGAAACCUUGUUUGCAAUGCAUAACUCUCCUGAUUCACCUUUGUUUAGAAGGCAGUCUUUACAAAUAAAAAGAGAAAUCGCUAGCCUUGAUGAACAUUUUGCAAGAAAAAAGUCAUCUGAAAAAAUUUCAAAGAAAUUGAUACGCAAUGAUGAGAGAGUAUCAAUGGACCGAGAAUCAUACAUUUUAGAAGACGCUCCUUUCCAGAAUCCUAAAAUCAUUCAAAGUUCUAAUCAUGAAGAAGCAUCUACAUUUUUGCCAGUCUAUGAAAUAAAAUCAUUGCAGCUACCUCUUCAUAGUUUGGAAACGAACUCUAAUUUUGACACAAUUUCAGAAGGCUUUCCAGCUCUAAAUCCAGAGAAAGCGAGCCUAACAAAAUCACAGAAAGAAUUUAUAACUGAAAAGAAAAUACAAAAUCAUAGAGGAAAUCCUAGAUUUGAAAGCAAUCAUAUUCCUCUGAAGGAUGAUCUUACUGGGCUUUUAAACAGAAGUAGGCGAAAUAUUGUGCCUCCUGGGUGGUAUUCUGUAUAUGUAACAAAUAAUUUUGUAUUUAAAAAAUCUCCUAAGGCUAAAAAGUCUGCAGAAAUAGAUACCAUGAAAGAUCUUCAAGUUGAUAGAUCAAACAAUAUAGACAUAAAUGAAAUUGCAAGGAAUACAAAUUUGCAGGUUGUCGUGGAACGUUUAGAAGAUACUAUAAAUAUGGCCAAAAAUACAUUGGAAAAUCCACCAUUAUCAGAGGGAUUUAAAAUAUCCAGGAAGUUGAAAGAAGAUGUUCAUUGUAAAGACCAAAAUGCUAUUAAUAAUUUGAACCUUUGUGUGAGUGAAGCAUGUAAAGAACAAAGUUUCUUAUCGCACACUAAAGUGUCAUCCAGCAAUAGUAAUAAAAGCAAUUGUCUUGUGACAGUAGAACAUGCAAAUGUGAUAGAUCAAAGACUUGAAGGCAUCAAAAAAAACCACUUAGCUUUGGGUAGUUUGUCCUCACAGACAAGGUCUGAAGUUGUAGAAAAUUCUUUUUCCAGUUAUUCUAGUCCUAUCAAACUCAUGUUUCUCUCAGAGGUGAAUAGCAGUGAAGGAGUCAAAUAUACUUUAACAUCUGUCAGUACUUCUAAUGCCAACCUCUGUUCUUUUGAAAAAUGCCCAACUAGUCUCUCAGUAGGAAAAGAAACUGAAAAAACCAAGGGCAUCCCCGGUGCAUGUUUUGGCGAUUAUAGCUGUAAUACAGAAAGUAACAUUUCACAAGCAGAAAAAUCCACUUGUGCAAAAGAAACCAUAGAACCCUGUUCAGCAAAUGUAACUGAAGUGAGUAGUUGUAAGCAGCAGGAAGAAUGUGCGGAUCAAUCAAAUGGUAUUAGUGAGUCAUCUUUUAAAAGGAAACCAGGUAGACCCAAGAAAAUAGGUCCUCAAGUUGUAAAACAGGUUAAGCGACCAAUCGGAAGGCCACCCAAACCCAAAGUUGAUACGAUAGAUAGCACUGUAUGCAGGAGCGAGCACAUCAGCAGUUUAGGGAAGAAAAACACAGACUCCCUAGUGUCGGGCUUAAAUGAGGGCAUUGGGAGAAAAAGUAUUACGGUGACUGUUGUUUACGGAAGGUCAAGACGAAUUAAAAGGCACGUUUCAGAAGGUAGCCUAGGCACAGCUAUGCCUCUAAGUAGUAGUGGUACUGAUUUUUUGCAUGAAUAUAAUGGGCUAAAACCUAAGAAAGCAGGAGAAAUUGGUCUGAAUGAAAGAAUGUCUGCUGUCCCAAGUUUGACUACUGAAAAGGAGAUCUUUGCAUCUGGCUACGAACACAUUAGACCUACCAAGAACAAAUCUGUGUUACCUUACCCUUACAGCAAUAUUAUUCGGACAAGCCAGAAGCCUUUGACAGUAAUUAGGAAACCUGGUAGACCUGCCAAAGUUAAAAUUUCUGGCAUAUCUGUGACUAUAAAUAGAGUUUCACCUCAAGAAAGAAAAGUGUGUUUAAGCAGCUGCUUGCCUCCUUUAGAUCAAGACAGUAUGCUAGAAAAAAAUCUCUCACAAGAGAAGCACGAACACCAGUGCAAUAAAAUAGAUAAAACAAACAGUAGUCAAGCUGAUUUAUUUGAGGACAGAUCAAGGAAUAUGCCUUCUCCAGUACCUUUAAGACAUUCUGUUAGGGACAGAAAGCCAUCUCUGCAUUUUUUACAUUCCUUAGCAUCUUCUAAUUCAUUUGCUUAUAGAAACAACUUGCUACGUAAAUCAUAUAAACUACAUUUCCAAAAAACUAAAGAUCACAAAGAAAAAUGCAAAUACUCAAAUACAAAAGUAGCUUCCAAAGAUACCUCAGGAGCUCGAAAUUCAGGUAAUAUGAAAAAGAAUCUUGAUGAUGGUAAAUUCACAACUAUUAAUGAAGUAUCAUUGGAUCCCAUUUUUUCAUCAAGCCCCUCUCUUAGGUGGUGGGCAACUACUACUUCAAAUGAUUCCUUGUUAGAAGAGUUAAAUAAUAGAUUUGAGCAGAUAACUAAUGCUUGGGUACAAGUGAGUGGAAAUGAAACAGAAAAUUGUCUUCAUGAAGCAAAAGGCUACUUAGAAGAGGAUGAUAAUUUUAAAGUGCCAAGCCCUUUGGAAACCUGCCUUUUAGAACUUGAAGUCUCACCUGUAAAAAUGCUUUUUCAGAAAAAGUGUGACAUGAAUGAGCUUUGUACUUGGUUUAUGCAAACAACAGAAACACAGUCUCUUUCACUAGUUAGAAAAGCAAAUGCUCGAAAUCCUUUGGAGGUAAUUAAUACCAGAGGAAUCAAAGUCGGAAGCAAACAAUCUGAGCAUAAUACUAGUCUUUUCAGAAAGCACUUUAAAAAAUUUGCACUAUCCUCUCCUUCAAAAUCAGCAGGGAAAUUACAAAUAUUACGUAAAAUUGUUAGAUCUCCAGUCUUAAAUGUAAAGAGUAAUUUCACACUAGCCAGACUGAGGAGAACUGAAUUUAAGAGAUUGCAGCAUGAAAGAUGGAGACAGGUAAAAAAACUUCAUAAUCAUGGAACAAUUGAUUGGAAAUCUAAAAGAAGGAACUUCAGAUUUUUCUGCCAGAACCAGUUUUUAAAUAAGACUAUAGAGGGAACAAAUGCCGACAUCACAUAUCAAGGAAAAAGCACAGCAGAAAAUCAGCAGUUGGUCUUAGCACCUGAAAUCAGGGAUGCUUUUUUACAACAGAAGGUGGAAUUGCCUGAUCACGGCACACAUGCUAGUUUAGAAAGCAUUUUGAAAUUACAUGCUAAAGAGAAUGAAACCAAGUAUAGCCGUAAAGAUUUUGGGAAGAUUACAAGACAAGGAAAAGUGUGUUCAAGCUCCUGGAGGUCAAAAACCUUUAAAGACUGUAGGAUAUUUUUGAGGAAAAUCAACCAUAUUGAACAAAGAAAUCCAUUUCAGCUAAAUACAAUCAUUUAUUCUCCAGAAUCUAUUGAGAGUGGGAGUAAUCAUCAGACUUAUGUUGAAGAAACAAAGCACUGUAACUUAAGAUCUCAUUCUGCCCGUCAAAAUUCUCUUAAAAGGCAAUCUGAAGCGAUGGAAAAAUCUAAAGCAAAUAAUUCUUCACCUGACACUUUUGCUAGCCAACUUGAUGGCAAUAAAUUAGACAAACACAUUAAACUUGAUAAGAAUGCUUCUGAUAGUUCUGAAGUUAUUAGUAAAUUGAACAAAAGAAAAAGACCCUCAUGGAAGACCACUGAAAUGUCAACCAAAAGACAUAAGCGACAGUCUUGUAACAGUGGACAAAUGGCAAACUAUUAUUCAAAAUACCAAUUAGGUAAGUUUUUCUCUCCCUGAUUAUAAAAUUUCAUUGUAGGUGUCAUGAAAAAGGUAUAAGUAAAUAAGUAGAUAAAGAGCAACUUAUUGGUAGAUUUUUUUCUCCCCAAAUAAUAUUUGAGAAAUUUAAACCACACCAGCUGAAUAAGGUAGCAAAUCCAAAUAAGCUUUUCUCUGUAUCUCCAAAUUUCCAGAAUUUCAAGAAUUAGAAGAGGUAUAGACAUUUUGACCUACUUGAAGUUCCAUCUUUUUACAGUAAUUUUGUUUUAAAAAAAAAAGUUACCUGGAUAUUUGCACAGAAUUUUACCUAAUUAGUUGACUAAAGAAAUUAAGCCCUUUCAUCAUUAAAGCUUUAGAUGUGUUUCACCUAACACAUGUAAACAGAGCGAUGGUGCAGUGUGGUGACAGUUACAGAUGGUAAGACAUGACAAUUACUUGGAGGUGUGAAUCUCAUCCACUAUGCCGUUCCUUCUUCCUGUCUUCCAGGGAAUUUAGAUUAGGCCCUACUUUAUUAAAGGUUAGAGAAAGCAAAAGUGUUUCAGCUUAGAGUCUUCUUACUUCCUUUAUUGUUUCUACUCAGAAAUUAUUUGUAAGAAACCCAAUAUUGGUGCUUUCCAGACAUUUUCCAUAACCAGAAUGCUGCUUUUUGGCUGAAGUGUGAUUUCCUUUAUUGGUCUAACAGUUGGUAAACUUUGUUUUGUUUAUACAACGAAGCCAAGCAGUACAAGGUAUUUUGGUGUGAUUCCUGUCGUCUUAUUGACAAGAAAUGGUGCAAUUGUAUAUUUGGAAUGAAUGAGUUUGAUACUAUGUGUUGUAAUUACACAGUUAUGCUAUAAAAUUAAAAACUAAAGACUUAAAAAAACUUUGUUACUAUCUAAUAAAAGCAGGCAUAAUAUUUUUUUAAAAGCAUGAAAGAUAAUGUAGUGAGCUUUGGGGCUUUAACAUGGCAAAACAAAUUAGAUAAGCAUUCAGAAAUUAGAAUUUUAAAAUACUAAUUUUAGUAACGUGCUAGCAUAUAAGUUAAACUGAAAUCCUUAUUAAGUAAAUAUCUCCAUUUUAAUAAAGAAAUUGAACUUAAAAUAUGUUUUCUGUUUUUUCAGGAUAGGCAAGGACAGGACAAUAAAUAACUUUUUUGGGGGAAAGCAAAUACCCAAUAAUCAUGAACAAACAUUAACUAGGCUUAAAAAAAAAGUUAAUCUAUAAAGAAAUUGAGAGAAUAAUAUGUGAAGCUUAAUUUUUCUCCCCACAACCUCCAAUAUAUCAUAUUCAUUUCAUAAAUCAGAGUUUCCAAAGGUAAAAUAUUCUGCAUAAAGUUUAAUGUAACAAUGUUUGGUCCUUGCAUUUUAAUUAGUCUCUCUUUUCAAGCAAAGAACAUGAAAUUUCUUUGGACAUGGCUAUACCUCCAGCAAAUGUGAGAUCACUGCAGAUAAAAAUAAGAUGAAAAACGUCUUAGUGCCUUUUUGCUGGAUAUAGAAAAAACUUUUGCAUUU